AAAAAAAGUUGAGUUGAGUGCGUGUGAGAUCUGGCUGUUUUGUUCGUUGACAACAAUACGACGCGGAAAUUUUCUCCCUUCCUCUCCUCUCUUGGAAACAGCCAGCGCGGCCGCGUGCAGCGGCGGCUAUCGUCGAAUCAGAACCACAGAGACCAAAACAUGAGGAAACGAGCGUGUGAUUCCUGCCACAGGAGAAAGAUCCAAUGCGAUGGGGCUGUGCCGCAAUGCAACUGGUGCAAACACCAUGGGAUGACUUGCACCUUCAACCGCGCAGCCAAGGUGAAGAAGCGAGUGAGCACAACAAGGGCCGGAUCGGAGAAAGACCUGGUCGCCCGCCUCAACCGCAUCGAGCAGGCUCUGAAGGCGGCUCAACGCAACCAGGAGACAGGGGAGACGCGGGAUGCAUCCAUGUCUCCAGCGUCAUCCUCGGCGCCCUUGUCCGCCGGGCCAGACCCACCCGGUGCCCCCACCAACGGCACACGGGAAAAAGCCCAAGGCCGUGCCUAUGACUCAACAAUUCGCGCUUCCGGCGCAACCGUGGGCAAGAUUCACUUCGCCGGUUACUAUCUGGGAGACAUCAGCUCCUACAACGGCAUCCCCUUCUUCUCGCCCGAUGGCCAGGACUGGAUCCGAUCCAGGGCUGGAGAGGAUGCCUCGUUCCACACCCUCUUUGGCAUGGGACCGAUCUGGCAGGCACAGCACCCUGUCCCCGUUUUUCUGGAUGCCCCCCAGCCAAGCUCUGCGGGAGAGUUGCCCGAUAGGACCGUCGUCGAGGAGUAUCUGGCCCUCUUCCGAGCGUCCCGCUUCGGCCUGUCGUUCCCAGUCAUCGACUACGUCCUGUUCCUGGAGACCGUCGACUUGGCGUAUCAGACGUCUCAGACGGUGUUGACGCUCGAAGUCGUCACGGCCAAAUCUUGCGUCUUCGCCUUCUUCGCCAUUGUCUCGCUCUUUCAGACGGAUUGGAAGUCGUCGCCCGAGAUAGAUGGGGAGGCGUGCGCCCGUGCGGCGCAAAACCUAAUGCCGACCAUUUUGCAAGGCACAAACAUCACUGCUGUUGAGACUGUCUUCAUGUUGAGUCUGUUCCACCUCUUCACUGGCCACCUCCAGCAAGGGGCCAUGUUCCAGGCUGCCACAUGUCGCAUCUUGUUCAUGCUAGGCGCGCACCUCGAGUCUGGCACGAGCCUCAGCCCUUGCCAGACGCCCUCGGCCGAGGAUGACGACCAUGCUUGGCGCGUAAGGAACCAGCUGCGGAGGCUCUUCUGGCUCUCGUUCAAGCUCGACAAAGAUAUCUCUCUCCGCACGGGCCAGCCCCCUACCAUCAACGACGAGCAUUGCGACCUGACGUUGCCACGGAUGGACUGGUGGGCACGCAGCAGCGACGACGAAGCUAGCGCCUCGCCGUCGUUCCUCGACGAGGCCACCGUCACCUCGGCCAUCCAGCCGGACUCGCUGCAGCUGACCAUCAUCAAGUCCAAGAUCUCCAGGAAGCUGUACUCGAUCUCGGCACUGAAGAAGGGAGACGCCGAGCUCCUCAGGGACAUCCGCGAGCUGGACGACGAGCUCGAGAGGUGGCGGGCGUCCGUGCCGCCGUCGUAUCGGCCGACCUUGACUUUCCCCCGGGGGACAGCCGUGGUCCGAAAGGGCCGGCUCGGCAUGGAGGAGAUUAUUCUCCACUUUGAGUACCAUUACCUGAUGGCCAUGAUCCACCGAGCGAGUGGUAGGUGCCGCUGUUGGGCCAGCGGCGAAAGCAGCGGCUUGGAGGGGGUGAGCUCGAGCCAGGCCCUGUCGGUGCAGGCGAGCCGAUCGACACUACACUUUCUCAAGGCCGCGAUCCAUGGCGUGGAGCAUGUGGCCUUCUGGCUGGUGGUGUUUUAUCCAAUGUCGGCGAUAUUGGAAAUCUUCUGCAACUUGCUGCUGCAGCCUCUGCAUCCGCAGGCGGAGGAAGACAUCGAGCUCCUGAAGUCCGUCCCGGAGCUCAUAGAAGGGAUGCGGAAUCGCCAGCUGACGCCGCAUGAGGUUGCGCAUGUGAAGAUCGUCGAUGCCUUCGUGGCGGAGCUGACGCGGCUGGGAACAUGCGCCAUCGCCAAGGCGCGGCGGGAGCAGCAGGUUUCUUGAGAGAACGGGGAGAGAAAUCGUGUGUGUGUGUGUGUAUGUGUGUCUGGUUUUGUCAUUUGUCGACGCGAUACGAAGCGGGCGCCGGGUCUAUUUCCAUCGGUAUCUGGGGUUUCCAUCAGCAUCUGGGCUGGCAGCCUUCGGCCAAACGGCUUUGUUGCAUAACCCCCCCCGGACUGGAGGAGAUUCAAAUGCGCGAAAUAACAGGAUGUAACAUUAGUAGAAGUAUCAUGGUGCAAACCACAUAAUAGUUGGAAAUAUCUGACGACUUGACGUUGAAUAUACUUUGCUGAAUCAGGUAGAAUGAGAUGAAAGCUGAUGUCCAGGCAAUCGAUUGUUAAAGAGACCGGGUGAAAGUAGCCGGUUCACUCCGGGCGGAACCCACUCCGGGCCCUCGGCUCCACUAUGGCUUGUGCUUUUUCCGGAAAGCAGGUUUAGCCGAUGUACCGAUUCACUGGCCCGGAGCUGGAACCAAUCACUCAAGGCUCAUGCCGCUUCGCCAUCACACCAUAUCUCCUGCGGUCCACCAGCCACUUCUGAACCUCGACACCACACCACACAGCAUCACCAACAACCAUUAUACCAAGUACAGCCAAUGACGCUACUCUCUACUUUGUGUUCAUACAUCGAUCAAGAUCCUCCUCCUCGGCCACAUCGCUUCACGAGUCACCCGUCGUUCCAUGUGGUCAUCUUCAUGGUGG